GGGUUCCACACUGGCCUGGGUGGGUCUCCUCAAGCAGGCUUUUCUGAGCAGGAAUCCCUUUCUGAUGUGGCCAUUGCAGGACAACUGAGGCUCGCCAGCCCUAAGCGCAUUUGACGCCACCUUCCACCGCUCCAAAGAACUGCAGCAGAGGACAUUUCUAGAGUAUUUGUUUUCUCCUCGUCCCAGAGUGCUUGUAGUAUCUUGGUGGCUCCUUCUGCUACUAGUGACAACUUCCUCGACCCCCUUAGUGUUCUGGACAGUUUUUUUGUUUUUUGUUUUGGUGUUUUGUUUUGCUAGUCACGGUAUCCAUACCACCUAUAACAUCCCGAUUUUCCAUAACUUGUGUGCUCCGGUCUCUGCACGCCUGCAGAGGCACUGGAGAUGCUUUCUAGCACCCAGGCGGCGACAGGUGAAUGUGACGACGCGGAGCUGCGGUGCCGGGUGGCCGUGGAGGAGCUGAGUCCUGGAGGGCAGCCUCGCAAGCGCCAGGCCCUGCGCACUGCCGACCUGAGCCUAGGUCGAAACGAACGCCGCGAGUUAAUGCUGCGACUGCAGGCACCAGGACCUGCGGGGCGCCCACGCUGCUUCCCGCUACGCGCCGUGCGCCUCUUCACCCGCUUCGCUGCGGCCGGGCGCAGCACGCUGCGGCUCCCAGUGGAUGGUGUCCCCCGGGCUGGCUCAGUGCAGCUGCUGCUCUCCGACUGUCCCCCGGAGCGCCUGCGCCGCUUCCUGCGCACGCUGCGCCUGAAGCUGGCGGCUGCCCCCGGGCCAGGACCCGCCUCUGCCCGCGCACAACUGCUCGGCCCGCGACCUCGAGACUUUGUCACCAUCAGUCCAGUGCAACCGGAGGAACUGCGGCGUGCUGUGGCCACCCGGGCUCCAGAUUCCUCUCUGGAGAAGCAGCCAACAGAAUCAAAGCCUAGUACGGAAGCUCCAAGGUGGCCGCUGCCUGUGAAGAAGCUGAGCAUGCGCUCCAGCAAACCGAAGCUUUCCGAGGAGCAGGCUGCUGUGCUGCGGGCAGUCCUGAAAGGCCAGAGCAUUUUCUUCACUGGGAGUGCAGGGACAGGAAAGUCCUAUUUGCUGAAGCAUAUCCUGGGCUCCCUGCCCCCUACUGGCACUGUAGCCACUGCCAGCACUGGGGUAGCAGCUUGCCACAUCGGGGGCACCACCCUUCAUGCCUUUGCAGGCAUCGGCUCAGGUCAGGCUCCCCUGGCCCAGUGUGUGGCCCUGGCCCAUCGGCCAGGUGUGCGGCAGGGCUGGCUGAACUGCCAACGGUUGGUCAUUGAUGAGAUCUCCAUGGUAGAGGCAGACUUGUUUGACAAGCUGGAAGCUGUGGCCAGAGCUGUCCGGCAACAGAAGAAGCCAUUCGGAGGGAUCCAGCUCAUCAUCUGUGGGGACUUCCUACAGUUGCCACCAGUGACCAAAGGCUCCCAGCACCCUCGAUUCUGCUUCCAGGCCAAGAGCUGGAGGAGAUGUGUGCCAGUGACUCUGGAGCUGACUGAGGUAUGGAGACAGGCAGAUCAGACCUUCAUCUCUCUGCUGCAAGCUGUGAGGCUGGGCAGAUGUUCAGAUGAAGUGACCCGCCAGCUCAGGGCCACAGCUGCCCAUAAGGUGGGAAGAGAUGGAAUUGUCGCCACAAGACUCUGCACCCACCAGGACGAUGUGGCCCUUACCAAUGAGAAGCGGCUGAAGGAGCUACCAGGUGAGAUACACAGCUUUGAGGCCAUCGACAGUGACCCCGAGCUCGCCCGGACCCUGGACGCCCAGUGUCCUGCUAGUCGUGUUCUUCAGUUAAAGCUGGGGGCUCAGGUCAUGCUGGUGAAGAACUUGUCAGUGUCUCGGGGCCUGGUGAAUGGAGCCCGGGGAGUGGUCGUUGGGUUUGAGUCAGAAGGGAGAGGGCUUCCCCAGGUACGGUUCCUGUGUGGGGUCACUGAGGUCAUUCGCAUGGACCGCUGGACGAUACAGGUCACUGGGGGCCAGUUCCUCAGCCGGCAGCAGCUUCCCUUACAGCUGGCCUGGGCAAUGUCCAUCCACAAAAGCCAGGGCAUGUCUCUGGACUGUGUGGAGAUCUCUCUGGGCCGCGUGUUUGCCAGCGGUCAAGCCUAUGUGGCCCUGUCCAGGGCCCGCAGCCUACAGGGCCUCCGCGUGCUGGACUUUGACCCCACGGUGGUUCGCUGUGACUCCCGAGUGCUACAUUUCUAUACCACCCUGCCGGGCAGGGGCCUGCGUCUGGAGUCCCAGGAUGAUGAGGCAGCAGACUCUGAUCUGGAGAACAUGGACCCAAACCUCUGACUCGGCUGAAAGAAGACGAACAGUGGACUACCCAACUUGCGGCUUCUUCGUGGGUCAAGGCCCUAGGGAAUAACUGGGGGAGGGCCUGUGUUUCUUCCCUCAUCCAGCCUUCUGGUGGGGGGAAGGACAUGGUUCCCCAUUUACCAGCUUUGUCUCAGCCUCACCCCUUUCCCUGGGGAAACUACUUCCAGGGUCAGACGUUGGAAAUGGUGAUUGUUCCAGAGGACAAAGCUCUCUGCAGGGCUGGACAAGCAGCCACAGAGUUCUGAGCCGUAGACUGGGGAGGCAGUGGAGACAGGUACUUCAGCGGCCGCAUCACACCCCACAGGCAGGGCCUGUCUUAGCCCAUUGCACUUAUUUAUUUUGUGUACAUGGGAAGAUCAGAGGAAAACUUGAGGGAGUUGGUUUUCCCUUUCCCCGUGUGGGUCCUGGGGGUUAAAUUCAGGUCGUGGGGCUUGGCGGCAAGCACUUUUACCUCAUGAACAAUCUUGCCAGCCCCGGGGGUCUGUUUUAAUUUUUCUUUGUGUUAUUUUAACAAAAUACACAAGGCUGGGUACUUGAUGGAAAAAAAAAA